AUGGCUGAGCUUGCCACCUUACCUACCUUGUCCACUUUACCCACCGAAUCCAGCUUCUCUGCCCUUUCGACUGAAUCCUCUUCCCAAGUCGCGUCGUUGAGCUCCACCCCUCCAACCUCCGUCUCUCCCGACAGCGUCUCGCUCGCGUCUGAUCAUGACACUCCCAAGCCCGCCAACACUACCACACCGCUGCUUGAGGGGUCCUGUUUGCUACAAGAGCAGCAGCAAUACCUGCAGCAAGAAGUAGAGCGGGAACAACACGUCGAGGAACAUGGCCCAAGCAUAGCAGUACAGACACUCCCCGAGCCACCGCUCCAGGUCAAGACGGAACCGGAACCAGAAUUGGAAACCCGGCCUGAACUGGAACCGGAACUCGAUGCUGGCCAGCAAACACCCAUUGCCCAGGCGAUAAUCGUCGCCGCCCAAGCUCUCACAGCCCCCGAGCCGCCCUCCACCGGACGCUCCCGGAGAGCACGUGGUGCUGCACCACCGGUAUACAACCUUGCCAAACUGAGCGGCACCGACAUCCACGGCAAACGACGCGCAAACGGCGACCCUGUGCGAGAGAGGCGCCGACGCACAACCACAAGCAACACGCUCACCGGUGCCGACGCGCUCGUCCGCAAUGGCAUCAACGCGUUGGACCUCGAUUGGGAAAUCCGCGGGCCGAGCACGCCGCGAAGCUCGCGCACGACCAGGAAGGUGAAAUCCUCGCCCAAGGACGAGCUCCCGGCGCGUAGGCCGACGCGUCUUUCCGGCGCGGCUGUCACCGGGACCCUGACUGCGAAGAUGUCGGCCCUCGGCAAGCGCAGCCGGAAGACCUUCGAGAAGGGUCUGUCGCGCCUGUCGCGAGAAUUGGCGCGUCUGCAGGACACGGACGAGUUCUCCCACGUCGACAAGCGGCCCGUCGUCCACACCGUCUGGAGCAACGGCAAGUUCGUCGACCCCCGCGAGAUCGAAGCGGAAGCCGCGGCCCCGCCGCCGCGCAAGAAGGCGAAGACGGCCUCGAGCCCCGAGCCCGAGAAGAAGCAGGAGGUUGCGGAGAAGCAGGAGGAAGGCACAAAGGCUGGGCCAGCACAAACAAAAGGUCAUGUCAAGAAAUGGCUCGACAAGGGUCUCUAUGCGGGCCAAGAGGCUCCGGCCGAUGUCUUCAAGGGCCUCACGGCACAGGAGAAGAAAAAGCUUGCCCAGAUUCCCGAGUUGGCAUCCGGCACCAAGCCUAACAGGUCCCUUCCCAUGCCCAUGUUCGGUGGUCUCCGCCUCCUUCUCACCGGACGCGACUUCAAGCUUCCAUACGACGUUUGCAACCCUCUGCCCCCAGGCCAACCAAAGCCGACAGCUUACCGGACAAUGACCAGGAAUCGGUUCAUUGGCGAUGCUGCCGCAUACUGGAAGAAGCAGCCGCACUUCAACGACUUCCAGUCCAAGUGCGUCUGCAAGCCCGAGGAUGGCUGUGACGACCAGUGCCAGAACCGCAUCAUGCUGUAUGAGUGCGAUGAUACGAACUGCAAUGUUGGCAGGGCCCACUGCACCAAUCGCGCCUUCCAGAGCCUGCAGGAGAGGACCAAGCAGGGGGGCCGGUUCCGCAUUGGCGUCGAGGUCGUCAAGACGGGCGAUCGAGGUUACGGAGUCCGGAGCAACCGCUGCUUCCAGCCCAACCAGAUCAUCAUGGAAUACACUGGUGAGAUCAUCACCGAGGAGGAGUGCGAGCGGCGGAUGAACGAAGUGUACAAGGAAAACGAAUGCUACUACCUAAUGUCCUUCGACCAGAAUAUGAUCAUCGACGCGACUACCGGUAGCAUCGCUAGGUUCGUCAACCACUCAUGUUCGCCCAACAGCCGCAUGAUUAAAUGGAUCGUGUCCGGCCAACCGCGCAUGGCCCUCUUCGCCGGGGACCGCCCGAUCAUGACUGGGGAGGAACUGACGUACGACUACAACUUCGACCCCUUCUCGGCCAAGAACGUGCAGAAGUGCCUCUGCGGCAGCCCCAACUGCCGCGGCGUCCUCGGGCCCAAGUCCCGCGAGCCCAAGGCCCAGAAGCAGGCCCCCAAGGAGGACGCCGGCGCCGCCGCCGGCAGGAAGUCGUCGGUCAAGGCCGGCGUCAAGGCUAGCAAGCGGAAGCUGAAGGAGCUCCUCGCCGGCGACUCGGACGACGCCGCCAAGUCCGCCAAGACCAAGAAGCGCAAGAUCGCCAAGGCGACGGGCCCCGGCGCCGCGGGUCUCAAGGCCGCCAAGGGCGCCGCCGCGGCCCUCAAGCGGAGCGUGUCGAGCAUAUCGGUCAGCACCAAGGCGGCCCUUGGGUCCAAGAAGGGGGGAAGCACCAGCGGCACGCCCCGCCGGGCCAGCACCGGCGGCCUCAAGAGGUACUACGGCCGGAAGGGCGGCGAGGUGAUCCGCACGAGCAAGGCCGCCAUCGCGGUGGCGACGUCGUCCCGCGGCGCCGCCGGCCUCAAGACGGGAGACGGGAACAAGCGCACGCCCAAGAAGAAGAUCGUCUUAUCGUCGUCGUCGUCAUCACCGGGCAAGGGCAGCGGUAGGAAGGUUGGGAAGGGCACACCGUCUUCGGCGUCUUCGAUAAAGAAGAAGAAGAACAGUAGCCACAAGAAGGUUGCCACGACGACGCCCAACAAGCCCGCCGCCGCCGCGUCGCCGUUGUCGUCAUCGUCGCCGCGCAAGCGCGUCCCGUCCAGGAAGGUCCUCGAGGCGGCUGCGGCGGUCCCCGCCGCCCUGCCGGCGUCGCCCGCCGGGUCGGCGGCCAAGUCGCCCAAGCCGAGGAAGGGCCUCGAGCUCUCGCGGGCCGCCAGGGUCAGGCUUGUGGAGGACGUGGAUUAG